UCUAACUUAGUGUUCAGAUCGGCAUUUUACUCUUUACAUUCUCUAAAUCAGUGUGUCAAAAAAUGUUUAUAACAAAAGCGUUAAAACAAAUUUCAUUUACUUAUGGAAAAUUUCAAAGCAGUUUACGUGGAUUUUCCGAUGUAAAUAGCGCUACGAAAUCGAUGCCCACAGCUCUAUACGAUUUCCAUCUAAAGCAUGGCGGAAAAAUUGUGAAUUUUGCAGGUUACGUUCUGCCUUUACAAUACACAGAUCAGUGUAUAAUUUCAUCACAUUUGCAUACCCGGCGUCACGCUUCGAUAUUUGAUGUCUCACAUAUGUUGCAAACUUAUAUGCAUGGCAAAGAUGCGAUUUCGUGUAUGGAAUCACUUUGUACUGCUGACAUAAAAGGAAUGACUGAUGGCACUGGCUGUUUAACAGUAUUCACCAAUAGUAAUGGUGGAAUAUUGGAUGACUUGAUUGUGUCGAAAGUAAAUGGGCAAAUGUUAUAUGCUGUUUCGAAUGCUGCAAUGAAAGCUGAAGAUAUGGCCGUAAUUCGGGAUGGUGUUGAUAGAUUUCGGGCAGAUGGGAAAGAUGUUAGCAUCGAGUUUUUAUCGGCUAAUGAUCAAUCACUUAUUGCCGUCCAAGGACCUGAAGCUGUUACAACGGUUGAGAAGCUGCUUCCAAAGUCUCAAAUGUUAGACACACUUUAUUUUAUGCACACGUCAGUCAUGGAAGUAGCUGGGGUAUCAAAUUGUCGUGUAACACGAUGCGGCUACACUGGUGAAGACGGUGUAGAGAUAUCUGUUCCGUCAGUCCACGUCCAGCAUGUUACCGAAGCACUUUUAGAUACAAAUCAAAAUCUUAAGAUGGCCGGCUUAGGAGCACGAGAUUCACUACGCCUAGAAGCGGGUUUGUGUUUGUACGGCACUGAUAUAAAUGAUCAAAUUACACCUGUUGAAGCAGGUCUUACUUGGUUAAUUGCUCGAAGUCGACGUAACGAAGGGAAUUUUCCAGGCUCUCGUCGAAUUUUGGCGCAAUUACAGCCAGGAACUAACCAGGUCACGAAACGACGCAUCGGUUUAAUCAUGAACGGGCAAAAGCAAAUUCCACCUGCGCGCGCUGGCGUGAAGAUCUAUUGUCAGGAUAAAGUAGUUGGACAUAUAACAAGCGGCUGUCCAAGUCCGACCCUUGGGAAAAAUAUCGCAAUGGGCUAUAUUACUAAUGAUUUGAAGAAGCUAGGCACCGAAGUGCAGCUCAAAGUUCGUAAUGUUCUAUAUGAAGCAACUCUUGCUCGUAUGCCAUUUGUAAAAAGCAAUUACUAUGUCAAUCCAAAUAAAUAAGUUUUUUUUACGAAACGUCUUCUCUGAUGGUGGCUCAAUAAAGAACUAAGACACCCAAGUGAUGUGGUUUUAAAUAAAAAA